GUUCCCUCCCCAGUGGACGGUUGUAUGGACUGGUCGGUGGACUACCUGAAGUACCGGGUUCUGCAGGGGGAGCCGGUGCGCGUCAAGUGCGCCCUGUUCUACGGCUACAUCCGGGCCAACUACACGCAGGCGCAGAGCGUGGGCCUGAGCCUCAUGUGGUACCGCAGCUCGGGUCUGGGCCACGGGGACUUUGAGGAGCCCAUCUCCUUCGACGGCGUGCGCAUGAGCAAGGAGGAGGACGCCAUCUGGUUCCGGCCCGCCGACCUCCAGGACGUGGGGCUCUACUCCUGCGUGCUGCGGAACUCCACCUACUGCAUGAAGGUGUCCAUGUCUCUGACGGUGGCCGAGAACGACACCGAACUCUGCUACAACUCCAACAUGAGACGGACGGAGAAGGCCGAGCUCAGCAAGAGCAAAGACAUCCUAUGUCCGGACAUCGACGACUACGUGGAACCCGGCAAGGAGCCGGACAUCACCUGUACAAGGUGGUGCCGUCCGAAGCAAUGGCGCGCCAGCAUCCUGCGGAAGAGAGACACCCUGUCCAUCCAGGAGGUGAAGGAGGAUGACAUCGGGAACUAUACCUGUGAGGUCCAGUUCGGGGGCUUCGUGGUCAGGAGAACCACCGAACUCACCGUCACCGGUAGGUCCUCCCCUCUCAUCUCCGCCCCUCUCCUCCCAUCUCCCCCCUACCCAGGGGAACACAGCAACAGCCACUACCCACGGCAGGACCUCUUCUGCUGA